AUGGUUCUCAGUCAGCCGCAGGAAAACGGAAGGGAGGCGCCCAUCGCAUUCCAUAGCCGUACGUUGUCAAAGCCGGAAAGAAACUUUGCCCAGGUGGAUAAAGAAGCGUUAGCCAUCAUGGUGGGAGUUACGAAAUUCCACAACUACAUAUUCGGACGGAAGGUUGAAAUUCGAACAGACCAUAAGCCCUUGCUGGGAAUCCUGGGAGAGAAUAAGCAUUGCCCAAACGAAAUAUCGCCUCGCAUGCUGCGCUGGAGGUACAAUUUGAGCGCAUACGAUUACAAUUUGGUCCAUGUAGCGGGUAAGAAAAUUCCACAUGCUGAUGCCUUGUGUAGGCUUCCGCUACCGACAACUCGAGAAGAUGUUCCGAGAUGCGCGGAUGUCCUGAUGUUUGAGUGUGUGGAAGAAUCUCCAGUAUCUGCCCAAGAUGUAGCUAGACAAACUGCUAAGGAUCCCGUCUUAGCUCGUGUAAGAGAUUUUGCAUUAAGUGGAUGGCCCACAUCGCUAAGGGACCUGCAAUCUGAUAUUAAGCCAUACUGGACGCGGCGGAAUGAUAUCACGUCGUAUAGGAAUUGCCUGUUGACUGGAACCCGUGUCAUUAUUCCGCCGGGAGAGAGAAAAAGGAUUCUGCAGGUGUUGCACGAGGCUCACCCAGGGAUCAUUCGCAUGAAGGCGCUGGCAAGAAGUUAUGUAUGGUGGCCAGGAGUGGACUCGGACAUCGAGGAUUUUGUUGCCAAAUGCGAAAUAUGCCAGCAACACAGACAUAUGCCACCCAAGGCUCCCAUUCACCCUUGGGAGUUCGCAAGGGAACCAUGGCAGCGCAUUCACGUGGACCAUGCCGGCCCAGUGAACGGGAACUAUUUUCUCCUGGUUGUUGACUCGUACAGCAAGUGGUUAGAGAUGAGACGAGUCCCUUCCCUUUCAUCGACAACCACCAUCCAAGUAUUACGGGAGAUAUUUGCGACACAUGGGCUGCCGGACGUCAUAGUCAGCGAUAACGGCACAGCAUUCACGUCUGAAGAAUUCAAGCUUUUCGCUAAGAAGAAUGGAUGCCGAGCAGUGAAUGUGGCCCCGUAUAAGCCAUCAUCAAAUGGGCAGGCAGAGAGGAUGGUGCAAUUUGCGAAAGACUCGCUGAAGAAGAUGGGCAAAGGGGACGUGGAGACCAGGAUCUCUCGAUUCUUAUUGGCCCAACACGCGACGCCGUGCACAACAACAGGACAAUCACCUGCCGAAUUAUUGAUGGGCCGGAGGAUCACCACUGCACUGGAUCGCAUUAAACCCAGCUUGACCACGGAGAUGGAUCAGAAAAGGGACCAGUUGUUAGGGACAGAAGUGCGAAGCUUCAAGGAAGGACAACAUGUAGGUGUUCGUAGUUACGUGCCGGGAGACAAGUGGAUUCCAGCCCAGGUUGUGCAGAAAACAGGACCAGUGUCAUACAAAGUACAGACUCCGGAGGGGAAGUUGUUGCAUCGGCACAGCAACCAAAUGGUUACACGUCCCAUCGAACAAGAAGUCCCCGGGAUAGAAACAUCUUCAGAAACAGAUGAAGACGAACAAGAAGCCAUUCCGGAACGGGCAGAGCAACCUAUGGCAUCGCCAGAAGGUUCUCUUAGAGCGAAACUCCCAUCACCAGAAGGAGGAACCACGCCACGUCCCAGCACACCACGGCCUGAGCGGAAUCGCCGACCACCAAGGCACUUACAAGACUAUGAGUGUGCGUACGUAAAGGGGGAGGAGUGUUGUGUACGCACGGGAGACGCUGGCCGGUACGCCACUGGACAGGAGUGGCAGAGACGCUAG